AGGCUAAGUUUCUUUGGAUUAAAAAUUUGCCAUCAUACUUCAAAUUAGCAAAAACUGAUAAAAUAGAUUUAUUUGAGGGACUUUCAGAACAGUUUUUUGAACAAUUCUUUCAUGAUUCUUUGGACCGAAAUCUUCUUGUCAUUAGAAAAUUCAAAACCAUGAAUGAAAAAGGAUCAAUAAAUAUUCCCGAGAAUGCUUUUAAGAUUGAUAAAUAUACUUCAGUAGAGACUGGGAAUGUAAAGUUAAGUAUUAGUAUUAAUGACGAUGGAACAUAUUUUGAAAAUAAGGAUCUUUCAGAAGAAAUUAAUUUUCCUUCAGAAGAUGUAAAUAUAAGACAAAGAUAUCGUCUUACGGGAGUUUUCUUUUGUGAUGGUACCCACCACAUCGAGAUAUUUGCCUUGAAAAUGUUAAAAACAUAG